GAGCGCCGAGAGCUCAUGCUGCGCCUGCAGGCUCCGGGGCCCGCGGGGCGGCCACGCUGCUUCCCACUGCGCGCAGCGCGCCUUUUCACGCGCUUCGCCGCCUCCGGGCGCUCCACGUUGCGGCUGCCGGCUGCCUGCGCCCCGCGCCCGGGCGCCGUGCAGCUGCUGCUGUCGGACUGUCCGCCCGAGCGCCUGCGCCGCUUCCUGCGCACGCUGCGCCUCAAGCUGGCCGCCGCCCCCGGACCCGGACCUCCCUCUGCCCGCGCGCAGCUGCUCGGCCCGCGGCCCCGCGACUUUGUCACCGUCAGUCCGGUGCAGCCGGAGGAGCUGCAGCGCGUGGCGACCUCCCGGGCCCCCAACACCACGCUCGUGAAACAGCCCUCGGAAUCGGGCGAAGGCGGGGGGUCCAGCACGGAAACCCCAAAAUGGCCCCUGCCCGUGAAGAAGCUGCACCUGCCCCCUGCCAAGCCACAGCUUUCCGAAGAGCAGGCCACCGUGCUGGCCGCGGUGCUCAAAGGCCAUAGUAUCUUCUUCACCGGGAGUGCAGGCACAGGGAAGUCGUACCUGCUAAAGCGCAUCCUGGGCUCCCUGCCCCCGACAGGCACCGUGGCCACGGCCAGCACCGGGGUGGCGGCCUGCCAUAUUGGUGGGACCACCCUCCAUGCCUUUGCAGGUAUUGGCUCUGGCCAAGCUCCCCUGGACCAGUGUGUGGCCCUGGCCCAGCGGCCGGGGGUGCGGCAGGGCUGGCUGAGCUGCCAACGGCUGGUCAUUGAUGAGGUCUCCAUGGUGGAGGCGGACCUGUUUGACAAGCUGGAGGCUGUGGCCAGGGCUGUGCGGAAACAGGACAAGCCAUUUGGAGGAAUCCAGCUCAUCAUCUGUGGGGACUUCCUGCAGCUCCCACCAGUGACCAAGGGCUCCCAGGCCCCACGCUUCUGUUUCCAGGCCAAAAGCUGGAGGCGCUGUGUGCCCGUGACCCUGGAGCUGACGGAAGUAUGGAGGCAGACGGACCAGGCUUUCAUUUCCCUGCUGCAGGCUGUGAGGCUGGGCAGGUGCUCCGAUGUGGUGACCCGUCAGCUGCGGGCCACAGCCACCCACAAGGUGGGGCGGGAUGGGAUUGUGGCCACAAGAUUGUGCACACACCAGGAUGACGUAGCCCUCACCAACGAGAAGCGGCUGCAGGAGCUGCCAGGGGAGAUGCACAGCUUUGAGGCUCUGGACAGUGACCCCGAACUUGCCCACAUCCUGGAUGCCCAGUGUCCUGUCAGCCGGCUUCUCCAGCUGAAGCUGGGGGCCCAGGUGAUGCUGGUGAAGAACUUGGCUGUGUCCCGAGGCCUGGUGAAUGGUGCCCGGGGCGUGGUCGUUGGGUUCCAGGAUGAAGGGAGAGGGCUGCCCCAGGUGCGGUUCCUGUGCGGAGUCACCGAGGUCAUCCGUGCAGACCGCUGGACGGUGCAUGCCACUGGGGGCCAGAUCCUCAGCCGGAAGCAGCUGCCCCUCCAGCUGGCCUGGGCACUGUCCAUCCACAAGAGCCAGGGAAUGUCCCUGGACUGUGUGGAGAUCUCCCUGGGCCGCGUGUUUGCCCCCGGCCAAGCAUACGUGGCCCUCUCCCGGGCCCGCAACUUGCAGGGCCUGCGCGUCCUGGACUUCGACCCCAUGGUGGUUCGCUGUGACCCUCGUGUGCUGCACUUCUACGCCACCCUGCGGCGGGGUCAGGGUCUCAGGCCGGAAUUCCCAAGUGAUGACGAGGCCACUUCUGAUCAGGAGAAUGCAGACCCAAACCCUGAGCCUCGGCUGCCAAGACGACCAAGUAAAAGGGAAGGAGACAAUGACCCCGCCUCCUCCAUGAGGUCCUGACAGUGUAAAGGAUCCAGCAGUGCCUCAGUUUCUCCCCUAGGCAGUGGGUGAACUGUUGGCAGGGGAAGACGUGAGCCCUUUCUGUGCCAGGUGGGAAAUGGGCCUCACACAGCACCAAGCGUCACAGGAUGAAGCUCUUCCCAAGGGCUGGACAUGGAGCUGCUGAGUCCCAAUGGCCACUCACUCCCUUGUGACUGCAGAGGGACAAGCAGAGAAGCUAAGGGCCCAGCAGUAGCCUCAGGGCCGCUCUGAUAGGGGUCCCCAGGGGAAUUCAGGUUGGGCCCCUGAAGCAAAGAAUAGAGGUUGACAGUACCCGCGUAGCUGGGUGCCGCUGCGCACAGCCCAGGACAUGGCGUGGUUGCAGCCCAGCCUUCAGACAGUGACUGAAUAGGUGCACCUGUGGCUUAAACUGCAUGUGGGGGAGAAACGAAGAGGAGAAAAAUGGUGUCUGGGAGUAUGGACAUUGAUGUUUUCACACUUAUUUAUUUAGGACUAAUAAAUCUGGGAUGUGGGCCUGGCGCGGUGGUCUA